AAUCCAUCUUCAAUAUGAAGACUAUCUUGGCACUAACAGUGAUGGUUGGCUUGACUGCCACCACCUUGGCUUACAGCACGGAACAUGACGACCUGGACAUCGCAGCGAUUGUCGCCGAUAAGAACGAGCUACAAAAGUUCAUCGAUUGCUUCACCGAAAAAGCGCCUUGCACCAAACUGACACAAGAUUUUAAAUCCAAGUUGCCCGAGGUUGUGCGCGAAGCCUGCGAAAAGUGUAAUCCGAUUCAGAAACAGAAGCUGAAAAUCUUCCUCGAUGGCCUGAACGAGAAGUUCCCCGAGGAAUACAACGCUCUCAAGAAACAGUUCGAUCCUACUGGCAAACUUUUCGAGGCAUUGAACGCCGCUCUCGCUAAAGCUUGAAUAUUGAAAUUGUAU